UAAAACCCUUAUUAACCCCCCGCCGCUCGCGUUCCAAGCCAAACAAAGAAAAGAACUCGGAGACGCAGUAACAUCUAACAACUACAAGCAAAGAGCUGUUCCCUCUUCCGAAACUCUGAAAUCCUCAGAGAUGCCCGCACAUCAUAAGGUACCGAAGAAGAAAUCCAGAGAUGGUCUAAAACCACAUAAAAACUUCAAAAAGGACCGCAAGAUCAAGCAGAAGUCAGAAGACACUGUUGUGUCGGAAGGUUUGCCUCUGCAAAUCGACGACGACGUCCCGGAUUUUCCACGAGGAGGGGGGAGAGUGCUGAGUCGUCAGGAGAUCGAUGAAGUUCGUGCAGAGGUCGACGCCGAGUUCGAAGUGGAGGAGAGGGGGUCGAGGAAGAAAAAGAAGCAGCAGCAGAAGAAAAGUUAUGCGACAGAAAAUGACUUGGGUUCACUCUUUGGCGAUGGUAUUACUGGGAAGCUACCCCGCUUCGCCAAUAGGGUCACUUUGAAGAAUGUCUCACCUGGAAUAAAGCUUUGGGGUGUCAUUGCUGAAGUGAACCAGAAAGAUCUUGUUGUUAGUCUUCCGGGGGGGUUACGAGGGUUGGUCCGUGUAAAUGAAGCAUCUGAUCUUGUUUCAGAUGGUGAUAUUAAGGAUGCUGAAAGUAACUUACUAUCUAACAUAUUUUAUGUUGGGCAACUUGUUUCUUGCAUCGUCUUGCAAGUCAGUGAUGAUAAAGUAGAAGAAAAAGGGAAAAGAAAAAUCUGGCUUUCUGUGCGUCUUUCCUUACUGCAUAAAGGCCUAACCUUGGAUGUGAUUCAGGAAGGGAUGGUGCUGACAGCAUAUGUGAAAAGUAUUGAAGACCAUGGUUUCAUUCUUCAUUUUGGGUUGUCUUCCUUCACUGGAUUUUUGCCGAUAAAAAGAGAAGCUGAUGGUGGUGAGAUAAAGCUGAACUCUGGACAACUUGUACAAGGGGUUGUUAGAAGCAUCGAUAAGUCUCGUAAAGUUGUUUAUCUGAGUUCUGAUACUGAUGUGGUGUCUAAAUGUGUGAUCAAGGAUCUUAAGGGUAUCUCACUCGAUCUUCUAGUUCCAGGCAUGAUGGUUAAUGCUCGCGUACAGUCAACCCUUGAAAAUGGAAUUAUGCUAUCAUUCCUUACAUAUUUUACAGGAACUGUUGAUAUUUUUCAUUUACAAAAUUCUUUUCCUGCCACAAACUGGAAGGAUGACUACAAUCAAAAUAAGAAGGUUAAUGCUCGGAUAUUAUUUAUUGAUCCAUCAAGCAGGGCUGUUGGUCUAACAAUGAAUCCUCACCUUCUUUGUAACAAGGCUCCUCCGGCGAAUGUUAAAGCUGGAGAUAUUUAUGAUAGUUCACGAGUAGUUAGAGUUGAUAGGGGUCUUGGCCUCUUGCUUGAAAUUCCUUCUAUUCCAGUAUCAACUCCCGCAUAUGUCAGUAUAUCUGAUGUGGCUGAUGGAGAGGUUCGAAAGUUGGAGAAAAAGUUCAGGGAAGGGAGUCAAGUUCGUGUUCGGGUUCUUGGCUUCAGACAUUUAGAGGGAUUGGCAAUGGGGAUCCUAAAGGCUAGUGCUUUUGAAGGAUCGGUAUUCACCCACUCCGACGUCAAACCUGGUAUGGUGGUGAAGGCAAAGGUCAUCGCCGUUGAGAGCUUUGGUGCUAUUGUGCAGUUCUCUAGUGGUGUGAAGGCUCUUUGUCCUCUUCCACAUAUGUCAGAAUUUGAUAUUGCAAAGCCUGGGAAGAAAUUCAAGGUUGGAGCUGAGCUAGUGUUUCGUGUGCUAGGCUGCAAGUCCAAGAGAAUCACUGUUACACACAAGAAAACACUUGUGAAAUCAAAGUUGGGAAUUCUUGGUUCAUAUGCUGAUGCUACUGAUGGAUUAAUUACACAUGGGUGGAUCACCAAAAUUGAGAAACAUGGAUGCUUUGUCAGAUUUUACAAUGGAGUGCAGGGAUUUGCCCCCAGGUCUGAACUUGGAUUAGAGUUGGGUUGUGAAGCGGCUGCGAUAUAUCAUGUUGGACAAGUUGUGAAAUGUAGGGUCAUAAGUGCUAUUCCUGCUUCACGAAGAAUCAACCUUAGUUUCAUAUUAUCUCCAAGGCCUUCUAUGGGUGACUCAGUGGAGUUGGGUAGCUUGGUUUCUGGUGUUGUGGAGAGGUUGACUCCUACCGCAGUUAUUGUGCAUGUAAGUGGAAAAGGUUACCUGAAGGGAACUGUACUCACUGAACAUUUGGCAGAUCAUCAAGGGCAAGCUACUUUAAUGAAGUCAAUUCUCAAGCCUGGCUACGAAUUUGAUGAAUUGUUGGUUCUAGAUAUUGAUGGUAGCAAUCUGGUAUUAUCAGCAAAAUAUUCUCUUAUAAACUCUGCUAAGCAGCUCCCAGUGGAUCUCAUGCAGGUUCAUCCUCAUUUAAUAGUCCAUGGUUAUAUCUGUAAUAUAAUUGAAGCUGGUUGCUUUGUUCGCUUUCUUGGGCGCCUCACUGGUUUCUGUCCUAAAAAUAAAGCAACUGAUGAUGGAAGAGCUAACCUUUUCGAAACCUUUUAUGUUGGGCAAUCUGUUCGCAGUAAUAUACUCAAUGUUGACAUUGAAUUAGGCAGAAUUACACUGUCACUGAAGCAGUCAUCUUGCUUUUCAAUGGAUGCAUCGUUUAUGCAAGAAUAUUUUACUCUUGAAGAGAAGAUUGCCAAGCUACAAAUGCCAGAAUCAGAAAAUUUUGAUUCCAAUUGGGUGAAAAGUUUCAAUACCGGGACUAUUGUGGAAGGAGAGAUUCAUGAAACAAAAGAAUUUGGUGUUGUUCUUAGUUUUAAGGAGCAUACUGAUGUUUUUGGUUUCAUUGCACAUUAUCAAUUAUGUGGGACAAAUCUGGAAAUAGGCUCUACUGUUCGAGCUGUGGUCCUCGACAUUUCUGUGGCUGAACACCUGGUUGACUUAUCACUUAAGCCAGAAUUUAUUUGUGGGAUUGAAGAAGAAGGCUCUAAGAGCAGGACCUCUAAGAAGAAGCGCAAAAGAGUUGCAUCUGCUGACCUGGAGGUCCAUCAGACUGUGAAUGCAAAUAUAGAGAUUGUUAAAGAGAAUUAUUUGGUCCUCUCAAUCCCGGAGUAUAGUUAUGCUAUUGGCUAUGCAUCAACUAUUGAUUAUAAUACACAAAAGCUUCCCCAGAGAAGCUUCGUGAAUGGACAAAGUGUUGUUGCAACUGUUGCGGCUCUUGCGAGCCCCUUGACAUCUGGAAGACUGCUUCUACUUCUCAAGUCUCUAAGUGAAGCUUCAGAGACCUCUAGUUCAAAAAGAGCCAAAAAGAAAUCUAGCUAUAAAGUGGGAUCUCUUGUUGAGGCUGAGAUUACUGACAUAAAACCUCUUGAACUGCGGUUGAAAUUUGGCAUUGGUUUUCGUGGGAGGGUGCAUAUAACUGAGGUAAAUGAUCACCAUUUUGUUGAGGAUCCCUUCAGUAAAUUUAAAGUUGGGCAACAGCUGACAGCAAGGAUUGUUGCAAAAUUUAAUCAAUCAGAAAAGAACAGAAAAGCUUGCCAGUGGGAACUCUCUCUCCGCCCUACAUUACUUUCAGGUGCCAGCGAGCUUGAGGAUGGGGUAAUCACUGAUGAUUUUAACUUUUCAAUUGGAAAGCUUGCUACUGGUUAUGUGGUUAAAGUGGAUAAGGAGUGGGUGUGGUUGACAGUAUCUAGACAUGUGAAGGCUCAUCUAUUUCUUCUUGAUAGUUCGUGUGAACCAAGUGAACUUAUAGACUUUCAGAAACGAUUUUAUGUUGGGAAAGCUGUUUCUGGUCAUGUGUUAAACAUUAAUAAAGAGAAAAAACUUUUACGUUUGAUACCGCACCCACUAUCAAUUGUUUCUAAUGCAACACUUGGCAACAAAAUUACCAAGAAGGAUGAUCCAGAAAGUAUUAUUUCAAAUGAGUUUGUUACCGAACAUAUUCAUGAAGGUGAUGUACUUGGUGGCAGAAUUAACAGAAUUCUUCCUGGUGUUGGUGGAUUACUUGUGCAAAUUGGACCUCAUCUUCAUGGGAAGGUUCAUUUUACUGAGCUUGCAGAUGAAUGGUUAUCUAAUCCUCUGCUUGAAUAUCAAGAAGGACAGUUUGUGAAAUGCCAAGUUUUGGAAAUCAUUCGUUCAACCAAGGGUUUGUUGCAUGUAGAUUUGUCAUUACGUGCUACUUCCUUGGAAGGUAUCCAAUCUCCAAAAUCUGUGGGACUCAAUAAUGAUUUGAAUUCUCUUAUAAGCCGAGUGAAAAGGAUUGAGGAUAUUCAUCCUAACAUGGCCGUGAAGGGUUAUGUUAAGAAUGUUACUUCAAAAGGUUGUUUCAUCAUGCUUUCGCGCAAGAUUGAUGCAAAAAUUCUCCUAUCAAAUUUAUCUGAUGGAUUUAUUGAAAAUCCCGAGGAGGAGUUCCCUGUUGGAAAACUUGUAUCUGGAAAGGUGUUGUCUGUUGAACCUUUGUCUAAGAGAGUUGAAGUCACUCUAAGAACGGAGAAUACAAGCAGUGCAUCGAAGAUUGACAUGUGUGAUCUAAGCAGUCUACAUGUUGGAGAUGUUAUUUCUGGCAGGAUCAAGCGGGUUGAGACAUAUGGUUUAUUUAUCAUAAUUGAUCCCACAAACUUGGUUGGGUUGUGCCAUGUUUCAGAACUUUCUGAUGAUCACAUUGACAACAUUGGAAGUAAAUAUAGAGCAGGGGAGAGAGUUAUGACAAAGAUUCUGAAGGUAGACAAGGAAAGACAGAGAAUUUCUCUUGGAAUGAAGAAUUCUUACUUGAGCGAUGAUACCAGUGUUGACCUUUUGAAUAGAAAUAUUGAUGAAAACAAACAUGAAAAUGGCUUGGUUGAUGAUCCUUUGGUUAGCAUUUCCCAAGAGAGAAGUGCAUGUGGGAUCCAAGAUUCUGAUCCUGAUUAUGGGAGUAGAGAAUGCGAAGUCCUUGCACAAGCAGAAUCAAGGGCUUCUAUUCUUCCUCUUGAUGUUAAUCUUGAUGAUGUAGAUGGCUCUGAUUUGGAUAAUGCAGUAAAUAGAGCUGAAGAACAUGACAACGAGACUGCUACCAUUUCUGAGAAGAACAAGAGGCGGGCAAAGAGGAAAGCAAAGGAAGAAAGGGAGCUUGAAAUUAGAGCUGCCGAGGAAAGACUUCUUGAAAAGGACAUUCCAAGGACAUCUGAUGAAUUUGAGAAAUUGGUUAGAAGCUCCCCUAAUAGCAGCUUUGUUUGGAUUAAGUACAUGGCCUUUGCUCUGUCUGUGUCUGAUGUUGAGAAAGCUCGUUCAAUUGCUGAAAGGGCUUUAAGUACCAUAAACAUCCGCGAGGAGAACGAAAAAUUGAAUAUUUGGGUGGCUUACUUUAAUUUGGAAAAUGAAUAUGGAGAACCUCCACAGGAGGCUGUCAUGAAAACAUUCCACAGGGCAUUACAGUAUUGUGAUCCAAAAAAGGUGCAUCUAGCAUUGUUAAACAUGUAUGAAAGGACUGAACAAUAUAAUCUAGCUGAUGAGCUUCUGAACAAAAUGGUCAAGAAAUUCAAGCAUUCUUGCAAGGUCUGGUUAAGGCGAGUACAGAGUCUCUUGAAGCAAGGGAAAGAUGGAGUUCAAUCAGUUGUCAGUCGUGCUCUUCUAUGCCUUCCUAAGAAUAAGCAUAUAAAAUUCGUCUCUCAUACAGCCAUUCUUGAGUUCAAGUUUGGUGUACCUGAUAGAGGGCGAUCCGUUUUUGAGGAAAUACUGCGGGAAUACCCGAAGAGGACAGACUUGUGGAGUAUCUAUCUUGAUCAAGAGGUUAGACUUGGAGAUGCGGACAUUAUUCGUGCAUUAUUUGAGAGAGCAGUAAGUUUGCGUCUUCCACCGAAAAAAAUGAAGUUUAUAUUCAAGAAGUAUCUCGAGUAUGAGAAAUCUUGUGGCCAUGAAGAACGAGUUGAAUAUGUUAAGAGGAUAGCAAUUGAGUACGUGGAGAAUUCACUUGCUUGAUGACUGGUCAAACCAUCUCGAGAUGAGAAUGAUUUGCUGACUCAAUUCUAUUGAAGAAAAGUCAGAUGUGCCUUUGUGUACCAUCUUAGAGAAGAGAACCCUGCCCUUCUCAAAUUAGGGAUGUCAAUGCCCAACAGGUCAAGAGCAACAAUUCCGGGCAAUCUUGUACAGACUACAGAGAGAAGUUCAAUGUAAUUAUUACGGCAAUGACUGUAAAAUGUUAUUUUUCAUUCCUAUGCAGUGAGAGGGUAAUUUGAGGUGGAAAGAGAUGUCUGAAAUCUAAGGUCAGAUUUCAUGAUUUCAUCUCUGCGGCAUGCUGUCAUUCAGCAAUUUUUCUCGUGUAAAAACACAUUAUGGACUAUGGAGCUUCAUGAGAAAUUUUUGUAAUUUACGGGAUAAACGAAAGGGGUUGGCAGACCAUAGUGUAUUUAAGCUCGAGUAUCCGUUAAAUUAAGGCCCAAGAGGCCAAGAUUGUUAAUCGUGUUCUUGCUCA